AUGCACAGUAAAAACCCGCAAAAUAUUCUCGAUGCUGCUCAUAUCGUCUCACAGAGCGCUCUUUCCAAUAGAGAGAGAAGGAUACUCUUCUCUGAUAUCCCAUUGAUUGUCCACCAAACUUGGAAAACGACAGCGGCCGAUACUUGGGAUCCCAGAAUCCUGCCUUGGGUUGAAUUGUGGCUGGAGAUCUCGAUUUACGUUGAUAGUGGACCACCGAUGGCAUACUUUUUCUGGGACGACACAGGAAUGCGUGCGUUAGUGGAACAAUACGAGAACGACUUCCUCGAGCGUUAUGACUCCCUCCUGACACCAGUUGAACAAAGCGAUGUAUUUCGCAUUUUAGUAUGCAAGCACUUUGGCGGUAUAUAUGCGGAUCUCGAUACUGAGCUCAUACGGCAUCCAGCUGCCUGGAUAGGCGGAUCUGAUAUGAAUACCUGGACAGACCCGGAAACAGGAAAAGAUUAUGGCUAUUAUAAUACGUCGGUAACACCAGACUAUGAAACACCAGUAGUCAGCCUUCUUUGGGGACUAGAAGCCGAUAAUGACCCAGAGUCCGAUGCAUACUGGCGCCUAAGCUACACGUACCCUCAACAACUAUCGCAAUGGGCAUUCGCUUCUGCUCCUCAACACCCAGUAUUCGAACGAUAUAUGGACAAUCUACGGAAUUGUACCAGAGACAAUGAAACAGCGGCUCAAAUUAGUGACCCGCUCAAGAGGACUGGACCUGCGGCUGUUACUCUUGCAACCAAAUCUUGGCUAGAAGACCAGAUGGGCUUUCGAUGGACCAGCCUGACAGGUGUCAAGGAUGGGGGAAAAUCUAAGUUGGUUGAAGACAUACUUAUUCUCCCUAUUACCGGCUUUCAGUAA